UUGAGUUAAAAGUAUAAAUAGAGAGAUAAAAUGGAAAGCAAAAGUAGGUAGUUGAGUUGAGGAGGUGUGAAGUUGUUUUAUGAAGUGAAAAGAAUAUAAGAACUUCAUUCUCUCCUGUGGUUAAGAAAUAAAAAUGGGAGAUGGGUCGAUUGCUGCUGACCUUUUCGCCGCUGUAUUCUCCUUUGGAGUGUGUCAACUAGUAAUCGCAUUUUUCAAGUUAACAUAUGAUCUGGCUCUCAUUCACAUCCAUCUAUACAGGAAGCUUAUCCAUAUUAGCGCGGGACUGAUUGUGAUGCUUUGCUGGCCAAUGUUCAGUGGUGAUCUGUGGGGAAGAGUUUGUGCAGCACUUAUUCCGGGUUUAUGCGUCUUCAAACUACUUGUUCCCGCACUUAUUACUCAAAAGGAACACCAACUUAUCAAGCUUCUACAAAGAUACCGAGAUUCCAGGGAUUUGGUCCAGGCAACACUGGCUUAUGUUUUGUCAAUCGCUUUCACAACUGUUUUCUACUGGAGAACACCUUUGGCCAUUGCUGUAAUCUGCAGUCUCUGCGCUGGAGAUGGUGUAGCUGAUAUUGCAGGGAGACGGUUUGGUGGAUCCAAACUUCCAUACAAUAAAAGCAAAACAUUCGCGGGUAGCUUCGGCAUGGCACUGGCUGCCUUCCUCGCUUCCCUAUUAUAUAUGUACUACUUCUCUUGGUUGGAGUACAUUGAAAUUGAAGCAACUCCAAACAUGGUCUUGGGAUUCUUCCUUGUGUCUGUGGCUUCUGCACUGGUUGAAUCCUUUCCCUUCAGCCCUACACUUGAUGACAAUCUCACCGUGCCUCUCGCCUCCUUCAUGCUCGCCACCUUUCUUCUUUGACAUCACAUUUUCUAUUUCAAAUAAAAUAUAUAAUGCUAACCUUAUAUAGGUGUUGUGUAUAUAUUAAAAAAAUAAACAAUCCGCUUAGUAUGUUAUUUUUUCUAUUUCCUAUUGAAUGUCGCAGCAAUAGGGAAUUGGAAUGCAAUGCUUGUGUUGUGUGUACGGUGUAAUCUACAUAUUCUGUUAAUAAAUAAU